AUGAAGGUUCAGACAGCCACUUUUGUGGCCUCAUCGGUUUCUGCCGUUUCUCUUAUUCUUUGCCUUAUUGCUAUGAGUGGUAUCCACUCUGAUGUUAACGGCUUCUGGCUAGAGCUCGAACAUGAAAUGGGAGGCUUCAAGGUUGCUACCGACGAUCUUUGGCGCGAUAUUCUCUCCAUCAGCACCACUGCCAAAAUGCGUGUCCGCCGUCAAUACGACUCUGAGAGUAACCCACAUCCAUCUGACGAUGGACGGCCAGCCGCUCCACCAGGAAGCCCACCAUCAGUUCCACCAGUCUUCGCUCAAAACCCAGGACCAAAUGGUGCUGGACCAACUUGCAACUGCCAAGCUGAUAACAAAUGCCCAGCUGGACCAGCUGGACCAAAGGGAGUUUCCGGAACUCCAGGACCAGACGGAAUCCCAGGACAAGACGGAAAGCCAGGACGUGAUGCUACUGAUAUCGCUCCACAACAAGAUUCUAUUGGAUGCUUCCACUGCCCAAUCGGACCACCAGGACCACCAGGAGCUCUCGGAAGACCAGGACAACGUGGUCUCGUCGGACCAAAGGGACACGACGGUAACUCCGGACGUGACGGAACUCCAGGACACCCAGGAGAGCAAGGACCAUCUGGACCAAUCGGACAAAUCGGAGAGCCAGGACCACCAGGAGAGAAGGGACGUGAUGCUGAACACCCAAUCGGACGUCCAGGACCAAAGGGAGCUCAAGGAGAUCAAGGACUUCAAGGGCCACCAGGAUCCAACGGACUUUACGGACCACCAGGAGAGCCAGGACCACGUGGACCACCAGGAAACCAAGGACUCCAAGGAUCAUUGGGACCUGACGGAACAUCAGGAGAACAAGGACCAGAAGGACGUCCAGGAAAGGAUGCUGAGUAUUGUAGCUGUCCAGACCGCGCUGACGAUGCUAUUACUCAGCCAAGACAAGGAGGAUACAGAAACCUUUAA